AGAGAGAGAGAGAGAGAGAGAGAUCAGUAUAUACAGCAAUACAAGAAGCACUGAAGCAGCAACAAUGUGAAACAGACCAUUGCACAGUUAUAAGGAGUCUGAGACGGAGCAUGUUUGAUAGAAGCAUCCAAACGUGUCCUAAAGUUUGAUCACUCACUUGAGAGAGACCGAGGAGUGAGAAUCAAUAAAUUUCGAUUUACACCCAUUUUUCCUAACGGAUCGAAGGCCAAUGGGUUUGGCCUUGAUUUUGCUUUCAUUUGCUCUGAUGGGUUUUUUCUCACCAACUCAUGGAUACGAUCCGUUGGAUCCAAAUGGCAACAUCACCAUAAAAUGGGAUGUCGUGCAAAUAAACGACGCUACACAAGAUGUGAGAGUAUACAUAUUCAAUUACCAGCUGUUCCGCCACGUGGAGCAUCCCGGUUGGCGGCUGAGUUGGGAUUGGCCAGGGGACGAGGUAAUCUGGAAUAUACUUGGAGCAGAGUCCACAGAGCAGGGCAAUUGUCCUGCUGCACUCAGGGGGAAGAACCUUCCCCAUUGCUGUGACAAGCAGCCUGUGAUUAUUGACCUCUUGCCCUCGGCUCCUUUCAAUAGUCGGGUCGCGAAUUGUUGCAAGGGAGGGGUGUUAUCGUCAUUUACGCAAGACCCAGGCAAGUCCGGCGCCGCGUUUCAGAUGAGCCUAGGAGACCCUUCUUUGACAUCUGGAAAUAAUAUUAUCAUGCCGGAAAAUUUUACACUCGGGCUUCCGGGGUAUACUUGUGGGGAUCCGGGGGAGGUCCCGCCGAGCAAGUUUGUUGAGGAUGACGGGCGGAGACAAACUCAAGCUAUAGCAACAUAUAAUGUGACAUGUUCAUACUCCCAAUUCAGAGCAUCACCUUCCCCAACAUGCUGUGUUUCCUUAUCAGCAUUCUACAAUGAGUCCAUUGUUCCGUGCCCUCGCUGCAGUUGUGGCUGCCAAGCACAAGCGGGAUCCAAAUGUGUCAAGCCAGAUGAAUCACCACCUCUGUUGCAGCUACCAAAUGAAGUAGCACCUCAGCCAGUGGUACGGUGCACACAUUUUAUGUGCCCAAUAAGAGUUCAUUGGCAUGUGAAAGAAAGCUACACGCAGUACUGGCGCGUGAAGAUCACGGUGACCAACUUCAAUUAUGCCAAGAACUAUAGCCAGUGGAACUUGGUGGUGUUGCACCCUAAUAUGCAAAAUGUGACUCAAGUGUUUAGCUUCAACUACAAGCCACUCCAUCCGUAUGGCCAUAUAAAUGAUACAGGGAUGUUCUUUGGUAUUGAGUACUACAAUGACAUGCUACUCCAAUCAGGAGAAAAUGGAAAUGUACAAACAGAGAUGUUAUUGCACAAAGAUUCUGGGAUUUUCACUUUUAGGAAUGGUUGGGCUUUUCCCAGGAAAAUUUCCUUCAAUGGUGAUAAUUGUGUCAUGCCCCCUCCAGAUGACUACCCAAGGCUCCCAAAUAGUGGUCAUUUUGGUGCACCCUCUAAGUGGUGCAUAAUUUUUUCUCUAUUGCUUGUAAUAUUUUUUUGAAGAAUAUAGUCAUAAAAGAUAGAUAGUUCACCAUUGUUCUCUCAGAUAUGAACCAUACACAACGAUGUGUCAACAUUGUUAUGAUUUACUCCUACUUCAUUCACAUUUCUUUUUAUUUCAUUUUUCUGUAAUAGUUACGUCUCGGUGGAGGUAUCUAUACUGCAUAAAACCAAGCCAUGUAUCUCGCGGAUCAAGAGAAUCAACGGAAAUCGUUGCAACACCUUCAAACCAAAAAAUGAUGUCAUUUGAGCAAGGUAAUCAAUAGACAAUUACAACAAUUAUUGUCAGUGUGCAUUAAAAGAAAAUCCACAAUGUCAUCCACGAGACCACAAAAUUAACCAACUAGGAUUAACAUAGCUCGUCGGGAGAAGAAGAUGGGCAUUGGUCUCUUGUUUUCAGUCACCACCUCCGGUGAGUCGCCAAAAUGCUAGCUCAUGGCAUGACUACCAGGUGCACAUACACAACGAGUUUGAGAAAACAAAAAGAGCAAAUACAAGUAGAAAAUGAGCAAGCGGAGUGAUAGCCCAUUGGUAUGUACCAUAUACUGCCAUGCAUUAGACUUGGGUACAAUCCUCACCAACUAAAACUAACAACUAACACUUCUUGCCUUUCCACCAGAAAAAAGAGGUAAAAAAACAAAAGGCAAAAGGUAAAUCCAAGCAAGACUGGAAGACUUGGGUGUUAAUCCAGCACAAGGGACGCAGCAACUUUUGUCACCAGUAUGACAACAUCGGUCGGGUCACAGUCAAGGCAGCGCAUGGCUGCAUCAUAUGGUCAAUUUUGAAGCGGUCCAGAAAUGGGGUCAUGGCCAGAUCUGGGAUCCUUAUGUUUCAAAGAAAGGUGUGCAAACUGUGAAUCAAGAUCUCUGCUUUUGGUACGCCUAUGGCUCAGAGAUGGCUGCUGUUGCUGAUACAUGGCUUGCAGCCUUUUCAUCUCUCUCUCCA